CAGCUGCUUACCGGUAACCUAGAUAGCUAUACUCGACUCCUUUAUACGCUAGGAAUACUUAUCCUCUUUAUUCGCUAUAUAGUCCGCUAUAUUAGGGAGCUAUAUAAGGGACACUUACUUAUACUUUACUAUACUAUUAAAGACUAUCGAGAAGAUAUCUAUAUCUCCUCUAUUAGCCUUUAUCUAAAUAUUCUUAAAUAG